CGGAAAUAAGCUGAGUGCAGCUGCUUUCAGAGAAGCACAGGAGGCACAACAAGACCUUGCCUUGCGAGCUGAAAAAGAUUUCGAAGAGGCAAUAAAGGACCUACCAGUGGACAUGCAAGAGGCUGCACGCGAAGCGUACAGGGAGGCAUGCCGACGUGAAAAGUGCGAUAUUCAUCCCCCAGGUCUCACGAAACUCGCACUCCGCGCGCAGCUGGCCCAAUUGUACGCUUUGGCAGGCAAUGCGCAGGCCUUGUUUCCAAGGCUGUUGUUGCUUGAUCAGAAAAAGGUUGACAAGAACUACUUCCAGAAGCAAGAGCAACCUCCACGACCACGAGUCGAGGCAGAACCAGAGAUAGGUUUGGACUGGGAGUUUAUCCUGAGCAGCCUGCUUUUUUUGCACGACGCUUUGCAAGUAGACUGCAUGGUGACGGCUGCAAGGGAAAAGCAGGACUACCUUCGCGUCUGCUACCAGCGUCUCUCGUCAGACGUACGCUACGGCGCGGGCACCUUAUGGAUGCCCUCCUGGAACGUUGAUGAUGCCGCACAGGAUACAAUGCACAGCUUUCCUGAUGAUUUCCUUGACUACUCGUUUUUGCACGACGCGACAGAUCGUCCGAAAAGUAUUCCGGGGUUCCGGCGCUACCACGGCGGACUCCCACGGGUGGUUAUCUCGCAGGAUACUGAUAAUUCUUUUCGAAAUUCGUAUUCGACUUCGAGUGAGUACGAUACUUCUUCUCCCCAACAGCAUCAAGGGAGCAAUGCCAAAUCGUCUGCUGCUGGUGGCAGUGGAACGACAGGGAAAGGAAGAAACAAGCCACCGCUUUCCGUUACUGGAGUUGCAACUUCCGUCGCAGACCAACUGGUGGCUUUCCUCCAAUCAACCCACGGGAAGGAGCUGGCUUGCUUCGCCCUGAUCCUUCAGCCUGGUACUGAUCUCGGAAAGGACCUGCUUUGGGCGGCUCAACAUUUUUCUUUCCGAGAACAACCCCUGGAGCGCGACACGCCCGAGUUUGAGAGACUGUCUUCCGUCCAAGUUCAGUCGUCGCAGUUCUUUUCCCAGGUCAAAGCCUGGCUUUCGAGCUUUUUUACCCACUUUGAUGAAGUUGCCGAGGCAGGACGAGCGCCAAAAUUGACGUCCUUAUUGAACCCCGAGAGACACCGCGGGCUCUGGGCGGAUUUUUUUCAAAAGACGCCUGCUGGUGAAGCUAUACUUGCAGAAAGGGGAAGAAGUCCAGAGUUUAACUCCGGGCAGCUGUUGUUUCGCCGGCUUUGCUAUCUAUUGCAAAUGUACCUGACGAGUCUGGAAGACUGCUUGCAGAUUUGGAUUGCCCCAUGAGGUCGUCUGCUUCUGCAAUGCAGCACCAGCAUCGCAGAUUCCCCAAGCUCUUCACAGUGCUAUUUGUAGAAACGUCUACUUCACAGUUGAUUGUCCUCCCCAAGGUCUUCGCAGUGCUGAUCAUUGUCCCGCAUUAGUAGAAACGUCUUCGCAACUGGUUUUGGUAGUACAGAGUUUGACUGGCACACAGGACGCAUGACAAUUUUGCAUUUUAACUUUUCCAAACCCAGACAUGUUUGCAAUUGAUAUCUGUGAGUGGUACUUGGUCGGACCACGUGGGGCCUUCGGCAUGAAACCCCUUAUGCAUAUCAAAGUAGAAACUCCACCUCCCUCCCCAUACUCAACCUGUAACUGCGACUUGCGUACCAACAUCAUUUAUUCCGUUGUACAAGAGCCGUGUUGUAUUAAAUCGCGACAAGGAAACGAAGCCUCUUUGGGCGAAUCAAAAGCCUGCGCGACGAGUACAGCAAUAAGAAUUCUACCGCAUAGCCCGCAAAAAAAUGCGAUAGGUAAUAUCCCGCGCCUUCUCCUGCUGCAUACAAAUCAACAUUUGAAAUUUUCAGCUACAACCUGCGCAUCACACAUCAUCCUUGUUUGAGCGUGGGGAGCAGGGGAAGUUUUCCUCACAACAUUGCAGCAGCAAAGUUCGCAACUGCCAGGUAGCUGCGCAUUUAUUGAUGCUGAUGGCAACCCGACUACAUGGAUGUUGCACAAUCGAUUUUAUCGUCCCGGAUUGAAGAUCAUGUUGGAACAGGCUGGCAGAGCGCCGGAACCAAGCGUUCGCGUACAUCACGAGGCGUUGCGGCAUCUUUUCCACCGGACUCUCAUGACCUUUUAUGCUCUGCAAAAGUAUCGCACUAGUUAGUAAGUGUAAAUCGCAUGACAAAUUUCCUCAGCAUUAGACUUGGAAUUUGUAAUGCGGAUUUAACUUGACAAAGAAAUUUGUAAUGCAUAAAUGCGAUCAGUACGAGUGCGAUAUGCGAAUGCAUACCUUUCUCCGACUUGCUAUCGAUCCCCGGGUAGAAGAGCGCAUUCGCGUGGAUCUAUGAGAGUGCACAACUCACCCUCCCCCACCUCAUUUGUAUUGCAUCAACAGCAAUACAAACACCAAGACACGUGGAGCCAGUGCAUGGCAAAUUCUUCAUGCGCCCAGUCGUGUGGUAUCUAUUGUUUAUGUUUUGCUUUGGGCUUCCGGAAUCUGUCAUGCAUAAUAGUGACGCAGGGUAGCGGAGCAAUUGGAGAUGGAGUUGAGAUUUUGCAUGAGAAAUGAGAACGAGGGGGAGUUGUGCACUCGCAUAGGAUCGCCUGCAAGCCGUGAUGGAGGAGACGGAGGCAGGUCUCGCACGUACUACUUCUACCCGUGGUCCACCGUCUUCAACUGUUUUUACACAGCAAGGCAGCGCACGCGCACCGCCUUCGUCGAGUAUGAAAUCAAGUCCUUCGCCUCCUCGUCCAGAUGGUCUUGUAAGUAAAAAAAUCUCGUCCACAGCUGCAGUACAUAAACUCAAGGAGCAAAUACAACUGGAGCAGGAACAGGAGAUUAGGAAGGAGCUGCUGACGAAGGAGUUUCUAUCUGAGUCAAUGGAGCCAGGGGACGAACGAAAACACGGCACUGCCUCCUUUUUAGGGAGGCGGGAGGAAAGAAGAAACUUCUGUGCGGAAGUGUUUCACGAGUUUUUCUGGAAAAUUAAACCCUAUGCAUUGCAAAUAUGUCUGGGUCUGGAAACUUGUGAUGCUGGGUGGCGUACCAUGAGGAGGCCACAAGUGCUGGCGCAGCAUGACAAGUUUCUGAGCUUCUAGAUCUAGGUGUUGCGUAUCCUGCAUGACAAACUGCGUUUCUGCAUGACAUUAAAUGGGCAUGAGAAAUUCAACAGUCAUGUGAAACAAGCAUGACAAACUUGCAUUCUUCCAGACCCAGACACUUUUGCACUUGAUAAACCCGAUGCUAGCAGCACCACGACGGGAACAUCACGUAGCCGUCACGUUGGUGCUGGAGCUGCUCCUAUCCUGUGCAAAAGUAUCGCACUCGUAGUAAUUGCAUUGAUGCAUCACAAAUUUCUUUUUCAAGGUAAAUCAGCAUUACAAAUCAAAUAUGUAAUGCUGGGCUAAUUUGUCAUGCAGUUUAUACUAGUACGAUGCCUUUGCAUUGCAUAGCUCCCUAUAAUACUAAUUCAUCAUCAUCUUCGCUGCCCCGGCUGUUGCAGGACCGUGUUUUUCUGUCAGAUUUUCUCAGCACGGACGAGCUUUUCAAAUACGGGCUUUCCAGGGGAGAGAAGUGCGUCGCGCAGAUCUUCCGAGAUGGCAGUCAGGAUCAGGGCGACUUGUCGCUGCAAAGCCGCUGCGCUCUCGCACUCAAGGUCUGCGGGCGGGGAAAAGAGUCGGAGAGCUACACGGAAGGCCAGAGCAUGUAUGUCACAUUCGAUAGGAGGGUGAAAACUACAGAACUUCCGAUCAUAUUUCCAUUUUCCACUUUUGUAACGAUAUGAGCACGAGUGGUGGACGUAAUAGCAGUUUUGGUUUUGCAAAAUGAACUUAGAUUUGGAAACUGAAACAGCGAGCGACCACAUAUCUUCGUGCAAAGCUUAAGAACAAGAACGCGAGGAACCUGGACAACUGUUCGUAGUUUUCUACCUUGAUACUCCGCACCGGUUUCCAGGCCUUCGACUUUGCCGCAAACUAUGAAAAUGGCACCACCUUCGCCGACCUGGAAUUGCAAGCCGUGGGAGAAAGAAGGCUGCCAGAGCACUACAUUCGGCGCGACAUUUUCACCCGGUUUGUCCUGGAUUUGUCGGAGACCUUGCAGUGUCUCCAGCUCAACAACCUCCGGGAACUCGGGCGCAGCGCUUUGGAGCGGGAUAUCGUAAGGAAAGAUCCCCCCUCCCCAUAUCAAACCGGAAAUUUGUGAUGCUGUAUUUGAGUACACAAAUCGACUUGUAAUGCUAGAAGGCCAAGAGACGCAGCUGUGCGCUCGUUUGCAGGCAAUUUGUCAUGCUGUUUCCCACUUCCAGCUUCCCCCUGUCAUUCUCAAGAUGCAAGGUUUUCCCACGCCAACCAGCACUACAGUCCGCAUCCUUUCCCUUCUAGCAUGACAAAGCUGAUUUGUGCCCACAAAUCUGCAUCACAAAUUUCUAGAAGUUUGAGUAUGGGGCGGGGGGAUUUUUCCGUUUGAUGCGGGAAAUCGUUUCUUCAUCCUUAGAUCCGAAAAAGCAGCACCGCGCGCUGGUCGCUGUCUGUGGAAAAAUAUGAAAUGCAAAAGCAUCGUACUAGUAGAAAUCGCAUGACAAAUUCCCUCAGCAUGAAAAACGGAAAUUGCCAUGCGGAUUGAGGUUGCGAAGGAGACUUGUAAUUCAUGGUUGCGAUUACUACGAGUACGAUACUUUUGCACAGGAUAAAAAAUUCGCGACGAGCGGCAAAAAAUCACGGGCAAACUCGGGCGGAAAAAUAUCGCAAGAAAAAAGCGUUUCAAUGUGAAGCUGUGAUGCACAGAGUGUAUACACAGAACUAUUUGUCUUGCUACACCUGCAAGGCUUUGGAUUUUUAAGCGUGUUUUCUCUUGGGAAGCACGCAUGGCUAAUUUUCUGUGUCAUGUGUAGCAAACUUGUGAUGCGGAUCUUGCAAAACCAUCACAGUGAAGCAGUUUUUUCGUGGGAUAAAAAAAACUCCGCAGGAAGCGUUGUUUUCAACAAAAAUCUGUGUCCCCUGUUUAGUGUGUAUCGAGUGCAGGGGUGUUUUGACCGAGCGGGACACACGUUUGACCGCCGUGAAGGAGCUACUCUGUCGGGCGGAAUAUCCUUUGGAAAACUAUCGUACUCGUACAAAAUCAAAAACUAAUCGCACUUAUGCAUGACAAAUUUCUUUCUCAAUAGAAAUCAGCAUUACAAUUUGUUUUUGUAAUGCUGAUUUCUAUUGAGAAAGAUUCAAUUUCCAUUGAAAUUGAAUUUGAUUCAAUUUGUAAUGCUGUGAGCUAAUUAGUUGUAAUCGCAAUUACUUCUACUAGUACGAUGCUUUUGCACUGCAUACGGAACGGGAGAGCAGAUGGUUCGAAGACACGGCGUUGUUGCUGGAACUGGAGACCUUGGUUGCGGAGCCGCGGUCGCAAGCAGGGGAGGCGGGGGAAGCAGAACAGGCUCGUGCGCGAAUCAAACCUGAGGAAGGCUCAUCUCCACCUGGCGACAUGAUACAAGAACCGGGAGCUGCAAAGAUGGACGAGCAGGAAGAUGGUCAUGACGGACAUCAGAAUGAAGAAGCUUUCCACGCUUCCAUGGACGGCCUGACUCGGAGUUUCCAGAAAAUCUCGCUGGUUUCCACAGGUGCUCGUAGUAGAGCCUCUUGUAGUUCUUCUAGCUCGGGACGAGCUUGCAGCAGUAGCAGAGAGUCGCGUUUAUUAGACGUUUUGCGAGACGCGUGCGUGGUGAGGGAGAACACCUUCUGCAGCUCUUCACGCGAGAAGAUCGCGCAGAAACGACACGUGGCAGCGGUCUUCCGCGACAUCGUGGCCGAGGCGCGAAGGGAGAAAGCAACUGGUAGGGCAAGGGCCUCGUCCUGCGAGGAUGGUAUUGAGCAGAGAGAAGAUCACGACAAGCCGCUCGCUGUCCCUAGUGGCGACCUGGAAAAAGAUGACUUGAUCGAUGAAUUUCUCGACGCGGUUGGGUCGGACGAGAACAAAGUGAUUCACGUUUGCUUGCUGUUUUCUGCCAUAUGAGAGUGCAGAACUCCACUUGCUCCCCCUCAUUUGUCAUGCGAAAUACCAAAUCGACCCAUUCUCCCUUGGCACUGCUUGCAUGACAGGUUCCGGACCCCGCCACAACCCUAGAAUCGGUAGCGAAUUUGUCAUGCAAAACGUGCACUUAUGGCAGAACUUGUGUUGCUGCUUAUGCCCUGCAAAUGAGGGGGAGGGGGAGUUGUGCACUCUCAUACGCCAGGGAUGGCGAGCAGAUAAAGUUGUGGAACGAAGUGGUGAAUGAGUUGGGGGGGAAAAACGAGUUUGAAGGAGAAGCAGCCGGUCUUGGUGAAAAUGACCGGAGAUGUGGGAGCGGUCUCAGUAGGUCCUCCUUGCCACAAGUAACAUCUCGCUGGUCGAAAUCGCCGCACAACAAAAAAAGGACGCUGGUUCGGUACCCUGUGACAACGCGUACCUACCCCGACUACGUUUGAAAAAUAUUUGUCAUGCAAAUCUUCUGCAUGCCGGCGCGGCGCUUGUUGUUGUUUGAAAAAAUUUCUGUUGAAGUGGAGACCAAGGCAAGGUGCUCGUCAAUUUGGCACUGCGUCUGUUCGUGAUUGUAGGUGGUGGGCGGAAAGGUCGGUCUCG